AUGAGAAGGUGCUUUGAAGGAAUUAUGGAAGGAUUAUCAAGCUCUAACAUAAGGGAUAACCAAAGGUUGCCACAAUUUGUGACUAAUGUAUCUUUGCCUAAUAUGGCCAAUGUCUUGCCUGCCGUUGAAAAUGGAGUCCCAAAUCCUCAAGGAGAUGAUCUAAUUCUAGAUAGUGAGACUAGAAUACGUUUACAAAAUAGAGGAUACUCGAAAAUGUAUCGGCAGAGAAAGAAAUGUCACAUCGAAAAUCUGGAAGACAAACAAAAUACCCUAGUUGAAAUAAUAUGUCAAGAAGUUCCAAUGACUAAGGUUUACACAAACGUUGGUUCAGUUAUUAACACUGAAAUUAACAUUUUGGAAGAAACAUUGUCUCAAGUCAAUUCAAAUGGGGAGGUUCUAAAUGCUGAGAUGAACAUGAUGAUAAAUCAAUUGGAUCAGCUAAGAUUAUCCAAAGAGGUAACUGAAGUAGAUUUUGAUAAGAAGAAGAAAGCCGCAGGAAAAUGA